UCCGAAAUUUAAUUUUUUCGAAUUUCAGGAAAGAAGUGCCAGGAACUCUAAUAAUCGGGCUCAGUAUCUUAAAGAGUUAAUGCCUCGAACUGGGAGCAAGCCUUUUAGGCAAGUCAUUUGGGAUGAUUUGGGAGGAAAUAAUGGGAAGAAGCCGAGUUUGGUUGAUGUAUUCUACUCCACUCGAAAGAAAGGAACUCAGCUUCCAAAUGCGGAGACAACGCAAAAAUAUGAAGAACUUCGGGAAACAAUGGCAAAGGAUCCAUCACUUUCUCAAGUCGAGGUAGUACAACAAGUUUUUAAAUCAAAAUCUCGAGAUCGGGUUGUAGGUUUUGGAGGAGGAAUAAAGCUUAAAGAUGUAAGGGGACCACAACCCAGUAGAGUAGAGCUUCAAACUAAAUUGAAUGCUGCCAACAAACAUAAUGAAGUUCUUGCAAAUCGCGUGGAGGAAGUACAAGCCGAGAACAAUGAAAUGAAGGAACGUGUUAGCUUGGUUGAGUCUAGAAUGAAAAUGUUUCAAGAUGCAUUGGUGUCGCAACUUAAUGUUACUAUUCCAACUUCACAAGCAGGAUCAGAAAUGCAAGAAUAGGUCGAAGCUGCUACACAUCAGUUUUAGAUAUUUGGUGCAAAUUUUCUUACUUUUUUUAAGAACAAUGAAUCAUUGAGAUUUAAUUCUUAGUAUGGACCAAGUUAUAUAUUUGACGUUAUUAGUUUGUUUUGACUCACAUUGAAUUUGUUUAUUAUAAAUCUUUUGUAAUUGAUUACGUUAAUUAAUAUAAAUUUAGUGUAAUAUUCUAUAU